AUGGACAAGCGAAAAGACAAAAAGAAGAAUGGAGGCGCAGCUCCGCAGGCGCGAGUCGCUGACGAGCGGUUUGCCAGCUUCCAGACCGAUCCUCGAUUCCGGCUGCCGUCGAGAAAGCACAUGAAGACGACCGUCGACAAGCGAUUUGCGGGCAUGCUCAAGGACAAUGACUUUACGGCCACUGCGCGAGUAGAUAAAUACGGACGAAAAAUCAAAUCAGACGCCAAGAAGAAGGCCCUGCAGAGACUUUAUCACGAAGAGGACGAGGAAGAGGAUAUUGAAGUUGAGGAUGAUGACGUCGUGCAAAGAGAGCUGCAAGCCGCGGGCGCAAGACCUCGAAGAUUCGAUCCUGCUCGAGAGGGAGGUUUUUCAUCUUCUGAAGAAGACUCAGAUUCUGAUGAAGAGUCGGAUGAAGAGUUGGAUCUUGCUACUGGUGGCGAUAUGCAGCGAUUGGAACGAGAGGAAAUCGAAACCGGCGAUGUCACGAACCGGAUAGCCAUUGUCAACCUCGACUGGGACCACGUCAAGUCAACGGAUCUGAUGGCGUUGUUCACCAGCUUCAUUCCCGCCAACGAGAGCGGCAAAGUUCUGAACGUAUCCGUGUACCCAAGUGAAUUUGGAAAGGAACGCAUGCAGAAAGAAGAGCUCGAGGGACCGGCCAGGGAGUUUUUCAAGAAGGGAAAGAAAAAGGAAGAAGUAGAGGACGAAAAUGCGUCUGACAGCGAGGCUGAAGAGGCCGCAAUCAAGAAGCAGCUGCUCCAAGAGGGCGACGAUCAAGAUUUCGACAGUGAUGCUUUGAGAGCAUAUCAGCUUGACAGGUUACGAUACUACUAUGCUGUCAUGACUUGCUCAAGUAAAAGCGCUGCACAAGCCAUCUACGAGGCGACCGAUGGAACUGAGUAUCAGUCUUCUUCCAACUUCAUCGACCUACGAUUUGUUCCAGACGAGGUCACCUUUGACGACGAACCCAGAGAUCAGUGCGACAAGGUGCCCGAGUCGUAUAAGCCCAUUGAGUUUGUCACCAAUGCGCUGCAAAGCUCAAAGGUGAAGCUCACUUGGGACACGCGUCCCGAGGACAUGAAUCGCAAAGAAUCCAUCAAGAGAGCGUUCAAGGGAAGCCGAGCAGAGAUUGACGAGCAAGAUUUGAAAGCCUAUCUUGCUGGAGACAGCGACAGCGACGAGGAUGAAGAUGAUGCUGACGGCAUUACCGAGCCCGCUGAUGGUGAGCCCAAGCUGACGAAAAAGGAGUUGGCUCGACAAAAGAUGCGCGAGGCUCUCGGUCUUGCAUCCGAGCCCGAGUCCAAAAAGUCCAAAGAUGGCCCCGUCGGCGAGAUGGAAGUCACCUUCACACCAGCUCUAUCAGGUGAGAAGUCUAAAAAGGAUGAGAAGGAAGAAACAACAAUCGAAAAGUACGCCCGUAAAGAGCGAGAGAGGAAAGAGAAGAAGCGACAAGCCGCCAAGGCCAAGCGCGAAGCUGUUGAUGAGGAUGAUGAGGACGACGAUGAUGAUGGUGGCGUCCAAAUUGCUCAGGGCGACGAUGAGGAUGAGGAUGAAGAUCUUGGCUUCAACGACCCCUUCUUCACCACCGACGACCCCGCCCCAACAUCCAAGACCUCUAUCCGCAAGGAAGAGCGCUUGAAGAAGCGCAAGGCUCGUGAAGCUGCCGAAGCCCGUGACGCCGAAGAAAAAGCCCACCUCACCAAGGUUAUGGCUGAAGACGCACAGGAAAACCAGGUGGAUCAUCUGGAUCACUUCGAUAUGAAUGAGAUUCUGAAGGCGGAGAAGCAAAAGGGCAAGAAGAAGAAGUAUCAGAAGAAGACCAAGGCCGAAGUGGGCCUGCAGGAAGACUUCAAGAUGGACGUCAAGGACGAUCGUUUCAAGGCUGUGUUUGAUAGCCAUGAGUUUGCUAUUGAUCCUUCGAACCCCAAGUUCAAGGCUACUGAGGGAAUGAAGAAGUUGUUGGAGGAGGGCAGGAAGAAGAGGAAGAUGGCUGUCGGCGGAGAGGAGGAGGAGAGGCCAAGUGGGAAGAAGAGUAAGAAGGGUCGACGGUAAAUGCUUCGUGAUUAGAAUACAUGUAUAUGAGAGCCAUAUUCUCGUGAAAAUAGAGUAGGGGGGAUUUGGCAUCUGUUUCCAUAUGGCGUCUUAUUUAUUUUUUCAUUAAAUCAUACUGUGUAGCUAUGUCUGUAUGGAAUUGAGGUCGGCAAGGAAAAAGAACAAUACCAAGUCCCGAAUCUUUCCGCGGCAUAACCGCUUCACUAUAUAUACCGUAACAUAAAUCAUGAACUCUCCCAAUACGAAUCUUGCCUGCAUAAGCUCAGUGCAAAGGGCCAAACUAAAUGAUACCCAAACAAAAGAACACGCUCUCAUAUGAAUUCGCUUCUCGCUUCUCUAUAACUUUCCAUGGGUAUUCCUGUACUUUCGUAUUCUCAGUAACGCUGUCAAUCUAAUCGCACCAUGAUAUCGAGCUGAAUCGGUUCAUCACGCAUCAAGAGGUUUUUGACCACUCCAAAAGUGCAUCUUGCCAUACGCAUGGACCUUGGGAUCUCGCAUAGCCUGGCGACACUGCAUGAAGAAGAUUUCCAUUUCGUCCUUUUCCCAUCCGAGCAUGGGGAAAUGGAUGGCUCCGACGGCAGGGAAGAAUUCCUCGCAGGCGAUGCGAUAGUACAUGCCAACCAGACGCAUGACCCUGACAGAGAGUAAAUAGUUGAAGAUAAGUUU